AUGAAUGGAUUAGACGGGCACGAGGAUGAUGCUGCUACCAUAGAGAACCCAUUCGUCAAAUCGAAAAACAAAUCAUGGGAGCUCAGAGCGCCUCAUUCUCUCAACCGGAGUGUGUCUCCACCAUCACGUCUCCGAGUCAAGCAAGAGGCGAAUGUCACCAAGGCUAUCAUUCCCAAGAGCCUUGCGCCAAUAAAGUCAGAGACAGCAGCAGUCGAAGCAGGUGAGAUUGAGAUAGACGAUCAUGUCUCCUUUUUCUCGACGAAACUACUUGCAGCACGCCUCCCUGUACUGGCAAAUCAACCACGUCUCGCACACCAAGCAUGGUUAGAUCUCUAUCGACGAAACCUCAAUGACAGAGGUCAUCACUUCGUUGUCCAUCAGCAUGACCAUCCCAUCGCCGGCACCCACUAUGACCUGCGUUUGCAGUGUAAUGCGACGAGCUCGAUCAGCUUUGCCAUCAUGUAUGGGUUGCCAGGUGAUCCCAACAGUCGCCGUCUAAAUCGCAAUGCGACAGAGACCAGGGUUCACAACCUCUGGAAUCACUUGAUUGAGACCGCGUCGUCAGAAACUGGCACGAUGCUUCUGUGGGACACUGGUGAAUAUUCAGUUAUUCCAUACAACGCAAAGCAAACCUCGUCCGACCCAGUCUCCUGUACGGACACUUCCGAUUCGAACUCUGAGCCCGAAGACUCCAAGAAUGGAGAAUCGGAGCCUGCAAAGCUCCAUCGCGCAUUCCAAGCAAGAAAGAUCAAGCUUCGUCUGCACGGCACGAAAUUGCCGCCCAAUUACACGAUAUCGCUUCGCCUGACUACUGACAAUUUUCGAUCGACACAGCCAGCACCUCCAUCCUUCAAACGGCGAAGACGGAAUAACAAGGCUGACGCGGCUGGACGACGCCGAGAACCGGAGAUUCUAGAUUCAAGCCGCUCCCCAUCACCGGAACAAUCACCAAACGAUGAGGACCCCUCGGAGCAGCAACGGAGCGCACGGGCCGCUCAGUUGAAACAAAGCGUCUCAUCACUCCGCCGCCUCGCCUCACCACCAGCACGCAAGCGCUCUAUCGGAGCAACCGUCGACCAAAAGAGCGACAGAGAGCAAAAGCACAUUUCUCCUUCAGCGCAGCCGCCACCCCCACUACCACCACCACUUCCCUCUCCGCCGGACCCCCACCGACCCCAAUCCCCAAUCCCAACGGCACACCCAACAAUGGACUCCGACGAACAAAUCCGGCUACAGAACGCGUAUCCAGGAGCGACCAACAGUAUAAACUCGAUCCACCAACGCAAGUGGUUCCUGUCACUUGACCGGCCCGCGAGUGGCUUCACACGGACGAAAGACCCCCGGACCGGCACGCAGAUAUGGCGCCGCUGUGAAGCCGGGCCGUCGGAGAAAUUCCACGUCCUCGGUCGCGAACACGAGACGAGCGUGCUCACAGGUCGCAAGGCUGCGGAUGUUGCGGCGGACGAGGGCUUGGUAGGGUACAGGCCGCGUGGUGGGUGGGUUGGGAUUACGGAGUGA